ACUGAAGUGAAACAGUUUAAUAUUGUCUGUCUUUGACCUGCAUGUUUCUCCUUCAAAUCUACUUAUCAAAUAUAAGUGGAAUUGGUGUUUGUGGUAUAUGUUCAGUUACUAGCAUUUGCCUGGAGGUACUGAUGAACACCAUACAUGUCAGUCAGGAUAGCAGGUUUCUGGGCUGAGACAUUAAUUCAAGACCUCUUGAAUAUGAGGUGGAAUUCUAACCACUCGGUUAUAACAGUUGGCUGUGCACCCCCUCCAACAAGAUAUGCGCCAAAGACUGACAGCCAAAUCAAGGGAAUUGUUUCAUAUGAAAAGCAGACGACUGCCCGGUUUGAUGCUGGGAAAUUCCACAGCGAAAAUGAAGGUGGAAGAAUGCCCAGGACAAACACUACAUUGAGCCAGAACUUGGAUAAAGAAAAGGGAAAAAUGAGAACAUGUGAUACUGAAUUUAUGUGCGAGACACCAAGGAGCAGAAAGCUUACAAUGGAAAAAGAAUUACCCGAAGAACAGGAAAGCAUUGUGGAAGAGUGUUCAUGUCUGGAUAGUCAGUAUGACAGUGUACUGAACUCACAUGAAUUAUAUUUGAAAUCAUUGGAAGAGAAUAAUUCAGCUGAUUUGAGGAGAAUAAAUAUUUCCUUAAGUACCACAGAAGCAGCUGAAUGCAGCUCAGAUGGUUGUGACAUAACAGUUACAGAAUCAACACCAAAUGACCAAGACCAAAUAUCUGAGCUUUGGUGUGAACUGCAAGCUUGUCAGGUACAGCUAAAAUCAGAUGAAGACUACUUGAAGAGGGAAGAGGAGGAAGCUGCAUUCUUGGAGGAAGUCAACAAAGCAGUCUAUGAUCGGAUGCGUGUCCAGCAGAAAUUAGUUUUAGAUGCCAUCAACAAGAAUGAACAGUUGCAAGAGAUAAAGAACAGGCAACAGUUAAUGAUUGACCAGAAGGAUCCUGUGAUGUGUCAACAAUGCACAUUCUCAAUAGGAUGUGAAGAAUUACAGCAAGACAAACAGGCAGACAAGGUGAAUAAAGAGACUUCAUUGCGUGCAUAUGAAGAAAAAUUGAAAGUGGAUAGAAUAGUUACAGAAGUGGGACAUUUAAAAGAUACUCUGAAAAAAAUGCAAGAGGAGAAAAUCAGAUACAAAGCGCACCGCUUAUCCCGUGAUGGACAUAUUGCACAGCUGGAGCGUGCCAUUCAGAAGACAGAACGUGAAAAAAAAUGAAAUUCUCAGAUGUGGAAUUAUGCGAAACUGAAUGGUGCUACUGGCGAAAUUGUCUGUUUCUUGUAUCCAGACAUCGACUGUGAGACACCUUCAGCAUUUCCAGUAUGAAAGUAUAUGAAGUUAACAAAUUUGAACUCUGUAGAUGACUGCCUUCUGGGCAUUGCCUCCAAGUUAUGUGAUGCUUCAAAAGGCUUGCUUACUUCCUUCAUCAUCACAGCAGUAAGACCAAUUGGAGAAUAGGGUGAGGACAGAGCGAUCAGUUGCAGGAAGGGGCACACUACAGUGAACUGUAGAAUACAGAACUGUUCCUUGCUCCUUUACCUGGUCACAGUGGAAUGGUUGGUCUUUCCAAUGCAGCCCUGACCACAUUUGCAGGGCAUGCUUCCCAUGUAGAAGGCCCGCAUACUCAUCGCUGUGCACAGACAGCAGCCUGCUGACAGAUGGUAAAAAGGUGAUGGAGACAGGGUUCUCUGGAGUGUUUGGUGGAUUGAGAACCAAUUGAAUCUUAUGGUUACUGUAGCUGUUCUGCUGAAAGUUGCCCUGAGAAACUCCAUUGCUGGGUGCUCACAAAUUCUACUGUAACCCCUAUCUCAGUUCUGACUACCACCACCCUUCCUACAAAUAGGCUGUACUCCAUGGUGGUGCACAGGGUCAGAUCUGUUUGUGACCAGGAAAACUCUCAGGGCCACUUUUAGGCAGAAUAGCUACAGCGACUAGUCAAUCUGACAGGCUGUCUCUCAACCGGAGAGUAGAAGCAUGACCUUCAGCUGAAUCAGCAGGCUUCUGUCAUGGCACAUCAAAUCUGUGGGGCUUCCCCAAGGAAGAUUUUCAGUUCCUUUCAGCAUGUGACGGACUGCUUAGGACUCAUUAUUCCACGUAUAUACACAGUGCCCUACAAAUGUGGUCAGGUCUACAGUGGGCAGACCAGCUGUUCCUCCAAAUCCAGAUACAUGUGCCAGGUGAUCAGGGAGACAAUUGGGAUUGUUAUACCCUCAUAUGAACAAGAAUUAUGAUCUACACCAGAGCCACUCCAUCAAAGGACAUAACAGGCCUCUGCUACAGAAGCAGUGCUUGUCCUGAGAUGGCUACUAGGCCAGUACAUGCCCUUAUCAGGAGUGAGUGAGUUACAAAUAUCCCCAGUGUCCUUUGUCCCCUAUUCCUUAUUUUGCUCUUUUUUAUCCUUGUGGUCUGCCCCUUCUUCCAUUUCUCCCUUGCUCUCUUUUUCCUCACCUGAUCCCUGUCCCCUUUGCCAUUUGUCUGGCCAAGGUUCUAACUAUUCCAACAUGUUCCUGUAUCUUGGUGAUAUUUUUCAUGCGGAGCUUACUCAACACUCAGAUGAUGGAGGUGGUGACCACCUUUGAAGUGUCAGUAAACUUCUACCAAACUACACAAUGCAACAUUCUUACCACAAGAACAACAAAUGUACACUUCAAAUAUAGUUUUGGCAAUAACCAUCGGUGCAAUAGGGAAUGUAUGAAUGUAAAUUGAAAGUGUAAAAUAAAUUGUCUAAAUUUCAGUGUUUUUACAGAAUUGGUAAUUAAACUGUGUUCUUCAAAUUGAAA